AUGAGCUGGAUGGACUCUUGGUCGCGGCCCUCCAAGUCGCAGGCCACGCCGGCGCCGUUCUACCUCCUGCCCAACGGCGACGCGACGCCUUACUGCCGCACAUGCGGCCGCGUCAUCUCGAGCCGCAAGUCCACGGCGGCGUCCAAGUCGUCCAAGCCGGCCGAGGCGAAGCCCGAGCCCAAGUACUGCUCCUCGCGGUGCCGGGGUCAGAAGCCCGGCCGCCUGGACAAGGAGAUUGAGCAGGCCUUUGUGCGGUUCCUGCAGGGCGACGAGGAGGUCGACGGGGCUCGGGUCAAGAAGGUCAAGGGCGACGCCCGCACGCUCGUGCCCUGCGACUUGGUUGAGAGCAGGGUCUUUGGUGACAGGCAGGACCCGAGCAAGGUGUUUGGCAGGCGAAAGAACCGCGCCUCGCGGGUGAUUCGAGGCGGCGGCGACAAGUCGGACGAGGACGAGGCCAUUGACGUGGGCGAGCACCAACACCACCACGUCGACGAGGAUCCGGGCGAGGAGAUUAUCGACGAGAUGCUGGGCCUGGGGCGCGCCAGGUCCACGGAGCUCGACCCCAGCGUGCAGGCGAGCCUGUCUGUCCGCAGCGGCACGCGCGUGCGGCCGCCGCAGGCGCAGAGCCAGGUCAAUGGCAGCGUCGGCGGGGAGAAGGGACGCGCCGAGCGGAUCGAGGAGACAGACGAGAUGCGCGAGAAGCGGGCCGAGGGCCAGCGCAAGGCGCACGAGCGGGAGAUGGUGCGGUGCGCGGCGCGGCGCGGCGUCGUGUUUGGGCUCCUUGUGGACGGCACGCAAGAGCGAAGAAAGUGCGAGGCUGUGAUGCAGGGCAAGGUCGUCGAGCCGAGCUUUGCCAAGGGGGACUGGGCUGUAAGAUGGCGCGAGGACUGA